CGCUAAACUUCGGGCCAAACUAGGGUAUUAACCCAAAAUAUUAACUAAUCAUACCCAAGUACAUAGUAAUUACUAUGCCCGAAAUAAGUAGGAGCCCAUCAACUUGCAAGCCCAUUUCACUAGUUUUCACGGCGUUCCACCUUCUUUGCUUUCCCUCGCGCAAAGCCAGUCACCGCCGUCCGCAACAGCAGAGCAAGUUCCCUCCUCCUUCAAUCUUCAUCCCUCGCGCGAAUCCAGUCACUGCCGUCGAAGCUUUUCUGUAGGAGAAUUUCGAAGUUUCCGGUUCUCAGAUUUCAAUAUUUUAACUGUUGAGUUCCGGAUUUGGCACAUUUGACGGACGAAUGGAAGGCGCUAGUGCCGAAGGAGAUAGCAUGGAAGAGCUCAAGGGACUUCGAAUUUCUUCCCUCGACAGUGACAGUGAAGAAGACGCUGCUGUCGUGGAAGAAAAUCGCAAAGCAGUGGACGUCGAAGAGGAAGACGAUGAAGACGAGGACGACGACCUAGAACCAGUCAUGCUUGGGUUUCUAGAGAAGCCUGAGCAUCCUUGGUCUCUACUCCGGCAGUCAUUCCCUAGCAAAGCUGGGGGUGCGCCGGCGUGGCUGGACCCUGUUAAUUUACCCACCGGGAGGCAUUGUGUCUGUGAUAUAUGUGGAAAGCCUCUUAGAUUUGUGCUUCAGGUCUAUGCACCGAUAACAGAGAAGGAAUCCACGUAUCACAGAACGUUAUUUGUGUUUAUGUGCUCGAAAAUGUCUUGUCUUCUCCGUGAUCAACAUGAGCAAUGGAAGCACAAGCCCGAGCAGCCAUCCCGAAGUGUGAAGGUUUUCCGCUGCCAAUUGCCUCUGUCUAAUCCUUUUUACUCGAGUGAGCACUCGAAAAAUGAUGGUACUGAUAGACCUUCUUCACCUGGAGCUGUUCUCUGUGAUCGUUGUGGUACUUGGAAAGGGGAUAAACUUUGUGGUCGAUGCAAGAAAGUACACUAUUGCUCUGAAAGACAUCAGCGGAAGGAUUGGAAGUCUGUUCAUAAAUAUGAGUGUCGGCAAGUGGACAAUUCUCUACAACUAUCCAACGCUGGCUCUAGUAAUGGUGGAACCAUCAAAACUAAAGUUCUUACCAAAAAGCUGUGGCCAGAGUAUGAAAUAGUAGAUGAGGAUGAAGGUGAAUUUGGGGCAAAGGUGACUGAUGAUUCUCAGAACAAUGCCCUGUCACUUGUAUCCAAGGGCAAAGCGGAUGACUCAAUGGAUUCCAUAAUCGACGGGUUUAAGAUGGAUAUUGAUAAGAGGACGUUUGCAAUUUUUGAAGAGCGCAGAUCCAGAGCUCCCGAUCAAGUGCUGAGGUAUUGCAGGAGUUCGACUGCAAAACCCCUCUGGCCGAUGUUCAGUGGUCGUCUACCCAAGGCUGAUAUUCCCAGUUGCAAGCACUGUGGUGGCCGUAUGAUCUUUGAAUUUCAGAUCUUGUCUACUUUGCUGUAUUACUUUGGCGUUGAUAAUGGGAGGGACUCUCUCGACUGGGCUACCGUUGUGGUCUACACUUGCGAAUCCUCGUGUGAUGCCUCUGUUGCGUACAAAGAAGAGUUUGUUUGGGUUCAACUCUACUGAUUCCCGCACUCUGGCGUCUUUCUUAGAGCAGUGUGUUGAUAGCUCUUUCCCCCUCUUAGCUCUGCUGAAUUUUCGAGGGGAGAGAUUACCACCUCUGAGCCUCUUGACGUUGUGUCACCUUGCAACUUCCCCUCUGAGAAACUAUUCCAAAAAUUGCCAGAUUUGGGCUUUGGUUUCGAGUUAUGCGUUUCAAUAGUUGGGCUGUUUUCCAUAACAACUUUUUACUUCCCCUACAGGCCUACUACAUGCCCAGUAUCUGUAUGUCCAUUGAUAUCGAAGUGAUCCAUCUCCUAGAUUAAAGUUGGUUUUUCUAGGAGGAGAAUAAUUGGGUCUCUUGGAAUUAAAAACCCAACUAGAGAUAGUAAAUGGAUUUGAUUGGCUAAAUUACACGAUUGGGCACUCAAAUUAUACAAAAAUUUCAUGUUUGUCACUCGAAUUAAUUUACUUUCUUAUUCGUCACUAACUUUACUCGUUAGCACCGGCCGUUAGUCCCCGUUAACUCUAUAAACUUUUUGAUGAUGUUGCAAACGAAAUUGUUGACUGGACAGUUAACUUAAUGUCAAGUCAAUUUAAAAAAAAAAAUUGAAAGAAUAAUAAAAACCUUCCCUUCCUCUUCUUUCAUUCUCUCUCCUAACGCUUAUAUCUCUAUUCCGCAGAACUAGAGAUUCGAAGGCUCAUGUUGCUGCAACUAUGGUAGGUUAACUCCAAGCAUAUGUCGAUAGCGAGACAAACUUUUCAGGCUGCCUAUUUAGGUUUCUGGGCCAUUCUUUGGCAUGAGAGAUUAUCUUUUAACCUCCGUGUACCUAAAAAGACCUAGAGUUCUACUUACUGGCACACCGCACACGGUUAACGAUCAAUAUGGUCAACGUACUCAACUAUAUAUCCAGAACACACAAAACAAAACGCUGAAUUCUCAUUUGGGAUAACUGAAGUAUUGAACCUGUAUACAGUUUUGGCUUGGCUUAGGCUAGGCUAAUGUGUAUCAUACUUUAAUACAAUAUAUAUAUAUACUCCAUUGUGAAGAGACUAAGAAGGAAUUAUUACUAGCUAGCUAGGUGGAAGUCCAUCUCAGCACCAACCCACUAGAAUAUAUUAUAUAGUAAGGGAAUCACAGUGCAGAUCAAUUUAUAACAUCUGAUUAUAUAUAAAUUAGCUAGCAUAUUCUUGUGGCACACAAUUAAACCUGCAGGUAAAAAGUUGGUGAGCAUGACAACAUAGUGUUGUUGUUAAGUAUAUGUGGUCACCAUUGCAUUACAAGUAGAGCGAGAGACCAGACACGACAGCCUCCUCAUCAUCAUGUGACAUGUGCCCCCUCGAAUCGAAUGUAUGUUCUUAAGAAUAAUAAUAAUAUAAAAGAAGAAGAAUCCUAAUGGCCGGCCAUGCGCUAGAGAAGACGAGAACCUAAAAUACACGCACAAAUUAAACUGGAAAUAGUUUUACGUUUCGAUAAUAUAUUUUGUUUUCGUUUUCGUUUUUCUUUUUGGCUUUAGGGCUUGGCUGGCUGGUAGCAGGGUUUUCUCCUUCUUGCUUCUCGACGUAUCGAGCCUUGAAACGGCAUGGUGCAACCGUGUGUAGUACUAAUGCUGCCUGUAACGAAAUUAAAGAGUACGUUUUGCCAUCUCUUCUGCUGCACCAUGUUCAUUUCUUUUUCCUUCUUUUCUUGAUGAGAGGUAUAUAAUUAAUUAGUACCUCUCUGCAGCUCUGUUAUGUGAUGGAGGGGCGUACUGCAUGUCGCGCUUGAACGUAAUUAAUUCAUGUUAUUAGA